AUGGAACUGACGGGGAUGUGCACCUAUAUAAGCCAAUGCAAAAUUAUAUCAGCUAGUUAGAAGCGCACAGUCGUUUGAAUAGUGAUUGGUAAUUGGCAAUUAUAAUAGAACAGACGCUCUGCUUUCAACUCAUUUUCUAUCUAAGAAUCACAGACAGUGUUUCUAUGAAGUGAUUCAAAGAGGAUUAUAAAUAAUUCUACUUUAUCUAUAACGGAGAAUACUUGGAGGAUAUUUGCGGAAACGUCGAUUCUACACGUAAGACGAUGGAUUACUUGGGUGAAAACUUUACAUUUUAUUUGAGCCUUUUCAAUUCUUCUGACCAUAUUUCACCGUCAAUGGAAGAUGAAACAUCUUUGAUACGAUUCAUAACGAUUGCAACAAUUCUUUGCUUUGUUGCGAUAGUCGUCAACACUGUAUCAAUGAUUGCCAUUAAGUUUAUUCCCGGGAAUCUUACAAGCACCCAUCUGCUGUUUUUGAACUUGAGCGUCGCUGACCUGUUUGGAUCUUUGUCCACGUAUUUGGAAAUUAUUCCCAGGAUGGAUGUCUUAUGGACUCACGAAGAUGAACUCAGUUCUUCUUUCAAACGUAUAGCGUUUACCCAAGCAUUCAGUUUCAUCUUCUUCACGUUGUUCUAUAUGGAGGGGGCCCUUACAUUAUUCCUCAUAUCAGUGUUGCGCUAUAUAGCUCUCUCCCAACCUUUGGUUUACAACCGAAUCGCCAGCAAGAGGAACAUUAGCAUCUACAUCGUGUUAAGUUGGAUCGUAUCUAUUCUUGUCAGCCUGCCUGGUAUACUAGCAUUCAAAUUCGACGAUCUCCCUUUUCUCGAAUAUUGGGACUACAUCUGGCCGUGUAUUCUCUGCUUCAUUCUGAUCAUCGUCAUCAUACUGUAUUGUCGGGUUUCUAAAGGACUAUGGAGGAGAUCAUCUUCGGCAAAUUCGCGUCAAUCAGCAAAUGAUUCAUAUAAAGCUUUCGUCACUUCGUUAAUCCUCGUGGUUGCUCUAGUGCUUUUCUCUCUGCCAUACAUAGCAGUAAAGCUUAUCCGAGUUCACAUCUUCAGCAGCACGUUACUAAUGGUGCACUACAACUUCAUAUGUUACCUUCCCUAUAUUAACUUCAUAAUGGACCCAGUUGUUUAUGGACUCCGUACGAGGGACAUUCGAGCGGGAUAUGUGAGGCUUGGGGAAUCAAGCGGUUGCUUCAAGGGGCGGAUGAGACUGACUCCUCGCGACGUUAAGUCGAAGGAAAAUUCGGCACAAACUGACGUUAGUGCUAUGCCACUGACUGCAACUACUAGCAUUAUACAUGUAGACAAGACAACUACCAAGUCGAGUAAUUGCUAACUAUUACACGAAGAACAUUAUAGUUUCUAAAUAAUGAAUUGAUGAACAGUUCCAUGCAUUACAGAGCAUUACAAACACUUAAAAUGCAGAUGAUCGGAGCUUGAUUGUGUAUAAAACGCUCCCGAUUUAUACAGGUAGAUUGGAAUUAUUGCACUGUUUGCCAUUGCAUCAUUUUUAUCUUACCAAUAUACAUAUGUAUUUGUAAUAUCUAUAAUGCUUGUCGUUUUUUAGACUUCUCGACUAAGGUCCUUGGGAUAAACCAUUGCCAGCUUAGAAAUCUUUCUGAUUGAUACUUCAAAAUAAUAUUUUGUGGCAAUAAUUCCAUUGUCAGCAAUUACAUGUACUCGUAUACAGGAUUGGUGGACAUUUUGAGCUUCACGUAUUUUCCCUUUAUUUCAAUCACCAAAUGUUUAUAAUAUGUUCCCAUUUUAUCUCAAAAAGAUUCAUAC